GUCCCUGGGGCUGCGGGCAGCGCUGGGUGCGGGACCGGCCCGCGCCCGGCGCCGAGCGCUCGCCGCCUCCGUGAGCGCCGGCGAACAUGUUCCUGGCAGGCGAGGCCAAGGGAGAUGCAGUGAGGCGCAGGGCACUUUUCCAACAGCUCCUCCGCCGGGAGAGCCAGUGGCACGGCGCGGCGCCGCAGCCCGCCGCUCUCCCCAGCUCCCUCGAGGAGAAUCAGCCCGGCCGCCAUGCAGCGAGGCAGGGUGCGGGCGGCGCUGGCGGCGCUGCUGGCGCUGCUCUGCGCGGCGCUGCUCCCGCUCCGCCCGGAGGCCGCCAGGGCGCCCAAGCAGCGGCCGGCGCGGACCCGGAGCUGCGGCGAGCGGCCCGAGGAGCUGCUGGAGCAGCUGUAUGGGCGGCUGGCGGCGGGCAUGCUCAGCGCCUUCCACCACACCCUGCAGCCCGAGCCGCCGGGCCGCCAGCACAACGCCAGCUGCCCCGCCGGGGCACGGCCGCCCGCGGACAAGAAGGUCCGGCUCCCCGUCAAUCUGCGCAGCGCAUCGCCCUGGGCAUACAGAAUUUCCUAUGAUCCCAUGAGAUACCCUAAAUACAUUCCUGAAGCCUACUGCCUGUGCAAAGGCUGCCUGAUGGGGAUCUUUGGCGAGGAGAGCUUCCACUUCCGCAGCACCCCGGUGUUCAUGCCCACGGUCAUCCUGCGCCGCACGCCCGCCUGUGCCGGGGGCCGCUAUGUCUACACCGAGGAUUACAUCACCAUCCCUGUGGGCUGCACCUGCGUACCUGAGCAGGAAAAGGAGGCAGAGAGUGUAAAUUCCAGCAUAGAUAAACAAGAAGUGAAGUUGCUGGUGAGCCAGAACAAGCCCUCAUCAGAAUGAAGAAUGAGAUGAUGAUGGCCUCACAUCAUCAUCUCACCACCUCAGGAAACUGCACUGCAGCAGCAAACACACUCACUUGCCCUCUUUUUCUGCUUACAGUUAUUUCAGAUACAAGAUGGAAAGUCCAGUCACUUAGAUCAUUAGAGAUGGCAGUUCAUUCAACUUCUUUAGUUCAUUCAUGUAAACUUGUUUAGUUCAUUACUCCAAACUCCUUUUUUUUCCCCCUUAGAGCAGAACAUUUUAUCUUUACUUAUUCACAGUAAAUUUUAGAAGAUGAUGCAACUGUAAGACAUGGUAGCUAUUACUAUAGCAGGCUACUGGUUGUAGGUAUUUUUAAGGAAUCUCUUAUACUCUACUUUUAAGUACAGUUAUAUAAAAAACACAUAGCUGCUGUACAUGUGACAUAUGAGCAGUUAAAAGGAUAAUUUCUCAGGCUGGGAGAGCUUCCCUUUAUACUGCAUAAACUCCAAGCUUUACCUCUGAGCUGUUACCUCUUUUGCUAAUUUAUACACUAUAGCAAGGAAACUUUUGCUGAGUUAGUCAUUCAUGAAGCAAUAUUCUAUUUGCUUGCUAUUUUUAAGCUUGCCAAAUUGCUAAGGGUACAAAGGUGUUGACGAAAAAACAUGCUAGAAUAUUGUAAAAAUGCAGUGGACUUUCUUGAUGUGGACUAAGUCUAAUUAUACAGAAAAUAUCAAUUUGAAAAAAAACACAGUUUGGGUCCCAAGAAUUCUGUAUUUGAUUUCAUCCAUCACUGACUGCUUAACUUUCUUGUGAUAAAACUGUGUUCCAUGCAGCUGAAAGGUGAAAGCCUUUUUCAUUUUAGGAGAGGAGAUUCCCCAUUAAAAAGUAAGUACCAAGGAUAGGCUUCACUUCAGGUGUGCUGCAGGUGAGUAAGCAGGCUAGGUCUUAACUUCCUCAUGCUACAAGAGGUCAUUGAUUUGAGUCCCAGCUAAUCCAAACUUGUUAAAUCCAACUGAUUUUUACCAUUACUGUUACUCAUUUCUCCUUAUGCUACAUGUAACAGACAAUCACCUGCAAAAGCUGCUGGUCUGUGGAUGUGCAGCCUUCCAUCUGUGCAGCCUACUGCUGAUGGAACUUGAUGGCAGGCCCUCACCAGAAACCCUGGAUACACAAAAACUUGCAUUUCCAGAACACGUGACUAGGGUUGACUCAGCCUAGUGAAUGAGAAUCAGGAAUGACCAGGCAUGCCUUGCGAAGCAUAAUUCCUCAAAGGGCCACACUUGCCAAAAUGGAUAAACAUCUGAAUGCCUAGCAGAGAAUCUCUUUUACAGCUGAAAGAUUGUGACUGCAAUAUCUUUACAGGAUAAACAUCAUAUGCAGCAAUGUAUCUGCUACAUCAUGAAUCUCAAAAUUGGCCUUAAUUCACAGCAGAGAAAGCCCCUAUGCUACACAAACACACUCUUCUUUGGAGUGUUGGAUGAAGAAUGGAAAGACUGUGAGCUAAUCACAACAAGUUAAAGGGAGAAUGAAAGUUGUAUGACAACUCCAUCUCUUGGUGCAUAAUUACUGACUUUGCUCUCUCUGCCUCAGUCUAGCAUAACAGUAUUUUUACACUGCAAUCUGUAACUUCUUACAAAGCCUAAAAUAACUUUAAGAACUCCAGAAACGAAUAAAAGAUUCCCAUCACAAUGUCA